AUGGAUUCCCUAGAUGGAUUAGAAGCUGCGGAGCCUCCCGACAUUGUCCUGGCCACGGAAGUGCUAGAGCCCUAUGUGAUCCAGGCGGGAAACAGUGCGGUCUUGACAGACAUGUUUGCCUUCUACACACCGGAAGAGCUCGAAGACCUUCCGGAUACGCCUCCGUCAAGAAAUGCCACUCAGCGUGGGCCAGGGCGCAAGCCUACCGCUUCCGCAGGGCAACCAAAAGCCAAACGCCCCACUGCAGCUUCCCUGGCGGUGGAGAUGAAACAGCUGGUGGACUACUUGCCAAAGACUUCAGAGCAGUUGGCCACGCUUUCUCACAGGCAGGAUCUGGUAGAGAACAGACUGGCUCACCCUAUGUCAUCAGCAUCUUUGAUCUCAUCCAGACCUCUGGGCGCUGCUCUCGCUCCGACGCAGGAGCCACCUUUGGGUCAACUGGCAAAGGCAAUGGGAGCCCCUCCUCGGAGCACUUCUGCUCCGAACCUUGGUUUGUUGGGUUCCCUUACAGAGACAAAGCCUGCGGAGAUUCAAGGCCUAGAAUCCGAGAAGCUGGAAGAUGCAGUGCAGUUGAGCCAGAGAGGAGACGUCUCUCUGGCGUUAGCAGUGCUGGAGCAGUCAAAGGCUUUGACAACCUUGGUGUCUCAGAUUGCAGCGGCUCAGAACGACCCCAUGGCAGAUCUCUCUGUCGGCAGCUCUGCCAGCACACGAGGGGCGGCAGGACGUGCUUGCCUUCAAGCAGAACUGGCUCAGCAGAAGGGCACGUUUUUCCAAUCAGUUCUCCUGCAGAUGGCCCGGAGAAUGUCCCCAACAACUUCAAUGGAUGUCUCUCCUCAAGUUCUCAUGGACAGGGGUGUGUCUGGCACGAGAUAUUUAGAGCGUUUUGGGGGCUACUCCAGACAGCGAGAACUUGACCAUGCAGCUGCAGUACCAAGUGAUGACAGCCUUCGACUACUUGCUGCAGGACAACAUCCCGGCAGCGAAGGAUGCAGUGGCAUUGCUGGCUGUGUCCAUCGAGCAAGCUGCUUUGGACAAUGGCCGCAUGGACUUGGCCACCUUGCUGUGUCUUCAGGAGGACCCCCCGUUGGGGAUCUUUCUGAAUCGCCAGAUAGCCAGCACCAGCAGAGCCAGGAGCUUCGCUCCCCUUGCCGACCAGAAGUGGAUCACAUGUGUAUUGGCCUUCCUGAAGGAGUUGGAGGUGAUCGCAGCGAAAAGGGCAGAAUUGACAGCGCCACCAAAAGGCACUUCCCCGGCUUCAUCAGAGGCAAAGCCGAAGCCGAAAUCAAAGAAGUUGGCAGGAAGAGGAAAAGGGCGAGCCGAGCCAGAGGAGCCAGAGACCUAGAAUGUGGCGAAGAUCGACGGCUUUGUUUCAAUGGUGAGCGCCUCCGCACAGAUGAGGGACUGGAGUCAAGCCCUCUUGAGGCCUCACUUGAUUUUUGUACUUGGGCCAUUUGCUUGCCCAGGUGGAUUUCGAGGUGCAAAACCAGUUUUUCUUGGCACCUCACAAAAAGCUUCACCGCUUCCAGACAUAGUUCUUCUUUGUCUUCCACAGCAUUUCCGCUGCCUUUGCCCCUUGAUGGAUGCUUUCAGUGCAGUGGCCCCAGUCUCUCAAAGAAGCGUUUGUUGGCUGUAGCAAAGAGGCGACUCUUACACAUUUUGGUUUAUAGCCUGAACGUUUUGUACCUUGGCAGAUUCCCUACAGCCGAGGAGGUUGGGAGGUGCCCUACGGUCUGGCACUUGAAGUGCUAUCAGAGACUCAGGGCGCUCAUUGCUGUGUGUGGAGAUGAUGCCGGUCGGUUUCCUGUGCCUCCCGGCCGCUCCGGUCCUGAAUUAGUUGCACACUUGUUUCAGCUUGAGAAGUUUCUUGACCGAAGACCACUGUGGCUCCCUUUCGUUGAACCUCGUUUUCUUUUGCAUGGCCUGGAUAUUUCACAAUGUGAUCUCCCCAAUUUUGCAUAUGAAGACAAGGAUGAGAAUCUCAAGCUUGUCAAGAUUUGGGAUAGGAAAGGGCUCCUACGGCUUUACAGAUCCCCUCUUGCACCCAGUCAUUUUUGCCGGGUUUUCAACGCCUACAAGAGCACUGACUGUGAUCGGCAAAUUGGGGAUCGCAGGAUUCCCAAUGCCCGUGAAAGAGCGAUUGAUGGGCCUUCAGCCUUUCUGCCCCCGGGCUUCAGCUUGACCAACAUGAGGACCCGACCUUUUGCCGAGCGUUUGGUUGCCAGCAUCACGGACAGGCGAGACUUUUACCAUCAAGCCCAGGUCACUGAUGAAAGAGCAGUGUCCAACAUGUUGCCUUUUGCGUUUUCAGAAGACCAGCUUGAUGGUUGUGUUGCGCUGGAUGUUGCCAAGGCAGCCGAGAAGAAGGCAAGCAGGAAGAAGAAAGAUCGGGAGCUUGUAGGUGAUGGUUUUGGAGAUGCUCUUCAUCUUUCAGCUUCCUCAGAAAAUUGGUUUCCGGCGUUUGGCUCCCUUUUCCAAGGUGAUCACUUGGGUGUUGAAUUUGCUUUGGAAUCCCAUGAGACUCUGCUCAAGCGUGGUGGCCUUUUGAUUGAUGAGCACCGCCUGAGCGGGCGCCAUCCAUUUCCGCUCACUGGAAAGGUUGGAGGGCUUAUCAUUGAUGACUACUUUGCCAUUGGGCGAGAGAGCAGGUCUGAGCAGCCCCCAAACACUUUUGCUGCUCAGGCUUUGGCUCGGGCUCGACAGCUUUAUGAUGCGGGUGGACUUUUGGGGUCAACAGAGAAGGACGUUGUUGCUGCCUCGGUCUUUAAAGCUGCAGGCGCUGAGGUUGUCUCUUCAGAUUGUGCCAUUGACCUGGGUUUGACAACAGUUGGAGCUCCUUGCGCAAAACGGCUUGCCUUGAGCACUUUGUCACUCCGAGCUGCUAGAAUGAAUGUCACGACGGCGAAGCUGCUUUCCAGACUGGCUGGCAGUUGGACAUCAGUCAUCAUGUUUCGCAGGUGUUUUUCUGCGGUUGUCCAGGACAUGUUCAAGCUGGCAUCAGAAGCUGAGUCGCAGGGUUCAAACUGUUUGGUGCCUUUAUCACCUUCAGUGCGAGAAGAGCUCAUCAUGCUUGCUGUUUUUGCGCCAAUCAUUGUCACCAAUGUCGCAGUCAACUAUGGGCAGGUUGUUUUUUCUUCAGACGCCUCACUCGCCAAGGGUGCUUUCACUAGCCGCAGGAUCACUGAAGAGACUGCUGAGGUUUUGCGGUUGGGCAGCGACAAGAAAGGGUGCUAUAGCAAGCUUAGCUCCUUCCCCCAGACUCUGCUGGCUGCAUGUGGCGAAGAGCUCGAGGAUGAUGCCUUUCAGGGGUCUGAGACAGUGGCAUUAGCUCCUGAAAAGCCUAGGCUCUUGCGUUUUGACUUUGUGGAGAUCUACGGUGGCUCAGGGCGGGUCUCCAAAGCUGCAACAGACUUUGGCCUCGUCACAGCCCCUCCUUUGGACUUAGAUGCCUCUCAUCACUAUGGCCUUGCACAACCCAGGCUCGUGGAGUGGGUCUUCUACAUGAUAGAGUCUGGGCGGUUUCGCUCUUUCCUCACUGAACCUCCAUGCACAACCUUCUCUGCAGCGGCAUAUCCAGCUUUGAGGUCAUAUCUUUUGCCCUUUGGUUUUGGCCCCUCCGAGAAGCGCACCAAACAUGGAAAUUUGCUGGCUUGCAGGUCUUUUCUUUUGCUGAGACAUGGCCGCCGGCACAGAAGGCCUUGUGGAAAAGAGCAGCCCAGAAGGUCAAAGAUGGCUUGGUUGAAAGCAUGGUCUCAACUCAAGGCACUGGGCUUCAAGGAAUCAGUAGUUGCAAGCUGCCAAUUUGGUUCUCCGCACCGAAAGGAGUUUUUGCUGUUGACUUACAUGUUUGAUGCAGAGUCCUUACAAGUGAAGUGUCCUGAAGGCCAUGAUCACGUGAAGAUUCAGGGCAGCCUUACAAAGCAGUCUGCAGUCUAUACCUUUGAUUUGGCCAAGCACUUUGCAUGGCACUUCUACAGGGCCUUGCGAGCUUUGGAUUUGCAGGAGGAGGAGUUCAGAGCUUGUGGCUAUGAAUCGGCUCUCACCAAUGAUGUGCUUUCCUCUGAAGAUUGGAGGACUGAGCGUGUCUGGAGCUGGAAGGAGAAAAGCCACAUCAAUGUUUUGGAGGCAAAAAGCGCUUGUGAGAUUGUCAAGAAGGCAGCUUUGGAUCAUACGUCUUGCCGGGUAGUUGCCUUGCUGGACUCCAGAGUUGCAAAGGGCGCCCUCACAAAAGGGAGAAGCACGGCUGUUGGUUUACAGAAAGUUUGCCGACGGAGUGCCGCCCUUCAGAUUGCGGCUGAUCUCCAUAUGGGAUGGCUCUUUGCGCCAACGCGGCUGAACUGCGCUGAUGACCCCACCAGGGAUGUCCUUUUGAGAAGAAGCUGUGAUUUUUCCAUUUUGGACUUCAUGAAUCAGCGAGAACAGACCAUGGGCAAACUGGAUUAG